AUGUCACAGGACAUGGAUCCUUUUACCGAGGCUAUUGCUACGAGUGUUCAGGAGGCUUUGAACGCAAUGUGGUUGCGAGUUGAAGAAGCAAAUGCUGAUGUGAUUAGAGAAUGGGAGGCUGAAAGGAAAGCUAUUGAAGAAGCACCUCGAGUCAGUAACGACACUCCGGUAUUGGUUGAGUAUACUGAAAGAAUCAAAUCAUUAUCAUUAGAGGUGGAGGUUCUAAAGGCUUCGCUUCAGUCUGAACGACAAGCUGCACAAGACUUGAGAAAAGCUUUCUCCCAGGCAGAGGCUAAAAAUUCAGAGCUUGCCACAAAACUUGAAAAUGUUACGAGAAGAGUGGAUCAGCUAUGUGAUUCGGAAAACCAGGAAGUACUUGCCAAAAGCAUCUCACAAAACCUUGGAUAUGAGGGAGGCAAGCCUGUUGCUGCAUAUAUCAUUUACAAAUGUCUUCUUCACUGGAGAUCAUUUGAAGUCGAAAGAACCAUCAUCUUUAAACGUAUCGUGCAAAUAAUAACUUCCGCCAUUCAAGUAAUUAAGAUGAUUUUUGUCCCGGAUGAUAAUAAUGUUUUGGCGUAUUGGUUAUCUAAUUCAGCCACGCUCUUUUGUCUACUGAAACGCACGUUCACAAGUGCUACAAUAACGCCAUCGUCCAGAGUAAAGAAGCUGCAAAUCCUUUCUCUUUCUUUUUUUGUUUUUUGUAUCUGCCUUAAUGUGCCAGCCUCAGGAUUCAAGCAGCAGCUUAUUGAUUUCAUCGAGAAGGUGUAUGCAAUGAUCAGAGAUAAUCUAAAGAAAGAGAUCUUUCCUCUCUUUGAGUUCUGUAAACAAGGGAGAUUCGCUAACGCACGAACUCAGGUUUCUCAUUGGGAAAGUAUUGGGGCAAGCCUAAGCAGUUACCAAGAUAUAAUGAAAGCUAACAAUGUGAGUCUGUGGAUCCAUUAA